AUGACGGCCUUCCAGAACCUCCCGCAACUGUGGCGGCGACUGUUGUUUCUGCUACCAGUUCUCGUCAUCGCGCUAAUCCUCGCCACCGGGUUGUACAAUGGGUCGUUGCCGAAACCGAGAGUAGUCCUCGAAUACCCUUCCCCACCACACCCGACACUCCAGAAUUGUGGGUCACCGCCCGAGCCCGCGACAAAUUCGCUCCCCGACCUGAUCCGCGCGCUGUGGGCACCGGUUGUCGUGCCGAUCACGGCAGCAAGCUUCACGACGCUCGAUGGGACUGAGAAGCGGCUUCCCCCGCCGGAAGAGCUGGUUCACACCAAGCCGCUCGGGAAGCGUGUCUGCAUUCUCGACGUCGACACGCGCGACCUCGCGGGCGAUGGCAGCAUUUUCUCCCACGAGCUGCCCCCGUGGGACAAGCUGGGGAGCCCCUCGGCGGGCUUCCUCAGCCAUUACCUAUAUGCGCAGAUCCACGGCUACACGUACAAGUUCAUACGCGCGCCGCAGUAUGCCGACCGCGCGCCGCACUGGUCCAAGGUCAUUUUCACACGCGAGAUGCUCAAGGAAUACGACUUGGUUGUGAUGCUCGACUACGAUGCCAUGUUUCCGUCGCCCGAACUGCCGCUCGAGUGGCUGCUCAACUACUGGAAGAUUGGCCCCGAGGUCAUGGUGGCAAUGGCCGAGGACCCUGCCGGAGACCCCAACUGGGACUCGCACCACAAGCCCAACGUCAAUUCGGGUUUCAUCAUCGCGCAGAAGAGUGAGAACACGCUGCGACUGUUCAAGGACUGGGCAGAGUGCCCGUCCGAAACCCGCUACAAGGGCUGCGCCCAGUGGAAGGACAAAAUCUUCCACGAGCAGGCCGCCUUCAGCUCCAUGGUGCGCUACGACUUCCUCGACGGCUACAGCAUCGAUACCCAUCCGCAGUACAUCCGCAUGCUGCCCUGCAAGGAGGCCAACGGCAUUCCUGAGGUUGCCGACACCGGGUGCACAGGGCAGCUGGUCCGGCACUACUGGGGCCGAAAGCCCUUGACCAACCGCGAGUUCGGUCACAAUGUCAUGGCCAGCCUCACCCCACUCCUGGUGCAGGCCGCAUAUAGGGCUCCGGGGCACGUCGAGGAUUUACGGGACAGGGUCCUGAACGGGUCGGAUGUGCUCGACAGAACCGCCCAUCAGUUUUGGGGAGUUUCCGAAGGGUCGCAGUGA